CUUCAAUCGACAAAGAAAAUGCGAUCGCUCUUUGAACCUUCGUUGAAAUUUCUAAUUUUUUACUCUUUUUUUAAUCAUCCUUCGGCCUAUCAACGAGACAAAAGAUAUUUGGUUUUUCCACCACCGGGUACCAACGCUCCAACUAAAGUACAGCUAAUCCUCGGGCUCGGUUUACCCAUGGAGAUCGACGUCAGCAUGAUUAUCGGAUAUGUGAUGAAAUUUAAUUACGUCCUGCCCUAUAACGCCUCCUACUUGACGGAUUCAUUCGUACGGUAUGAGAGAUCGAUCGACCAUGACGAUUCCGUGAAGGAGAACAAUGGAUUUGACAUUCGAACAUCGAAUAUACUUGAUUCACCGACUACAUCCAGGUGGGAACUCUACGAGAUCCUCGAAUCGAUUUUGGAAAAUUCACAUUAUGGCAAAGUCUGCCUUUUAAGAAUGAUUUGCGAAGUUGCUGAUGUACCAUUUAAUAGAAUGCACGGACUUGCAGGACAACUAUUUCAUGUACUUCUCACGCCUUCAACAACGUCCGAUACGUUUAGAACGCAUGCCGAUCAGGAAUAUCACGGUGCGGAAUUGGCAGGUCGACAAAAUCCCGAGCGAUGUCAGAGUAUAUUUUCCGAAUGUCCGGAAAGUCUGCUCGAAUACUUUACCGAGAUUCGAGAAUAA